UUGAGACAACUGUUGUUGAUUUAGUUUGCCAUCCUGUUAUUUUUUUCUUCCAAUUUAUCGGUAAAAAGAUUUAAACGUGACAUCGGUGUUUUGACAUUUGAAAAUGACACAUCCGUAUAGGUUAGGUUUAAGUGAUAAGGAGUGAUAUGUUUGUGAUAAAAACCGAGAUAAAUUACUCAACACGCCUAAAAUUUCAAAUCUCCACAUUCCUAAAUAAUGGAAAAUGAAAACGAGGUGCACCGUGGAUACCUUUUGUUACCACCAAGUGGAAAACUCUUGAUGAAGAAAUCGUGGCAGCAAAAAUACUGCUACUUGUACAAGGCCAGCAAAUUCGGAAUAGAAAGAUUAGAAAUCUACGACAGUCCGGACAAAACCAAAGGUCCUCCGGUCCGAAUCAUAACCUUAAAAAACUGCAUCAAGCUCACACCGGAAGCCGACGCCCGAUUCACGAUAACCACCAAAGCCAACACUUGCCCUUAUGAAUUUUGUGCCUUGAAUUUCGAAGACAAACAAAAAUGGUUGUCGGCUUUUCAGUCAGUGGCGUUUCCUGAUGAUGUUUCUGCGAUGACUAGUAUUGAAGAAGACAACGAUUUGUAUUGUUCUUCAGGGGAAGGGAUUUUUAAUGUGAGGAUCCACCCUUCAGCGGCGUCGGAAAGAUGUGGGCUUGACAGUGGAUCAAUGUAUACUUUAGUGUUGACUUCAACCGCCAUGCAAUUAAAAAAUAUUUUUGAUGGGGUUGUUUUGUAUACUUGGCCCUAUUGUUUUAUAAGGCGGUAUGGGUAUAAAGGGGGGAAGUUUACUUUUGAAGCAGGGAGGAAAUGCGAUUCGGGGGAAGGAACUUUCUAUUUGGAGCACUCAAAUCAACAGGAGAUAUUCAGAGUCCUCUCUUCAAAAAUGAAAUCCAUGAAGAAACUCCUCAAAGAAGACCCUAACCCUUCCGUGCCACUGCUCGAAUGUGGCGAGAACCAAUUCCACGCCGCUCUCAGUAUGGAGGCCCGAUCUCGCAGUCCCUUGCCUCCCUCGCCUACCGCCUCGACCAAUCUCCACGACCUUGACUCGAGCACAUCAUCCACAUCUAGUAUCCUCGACAGCGAGAAGAAAAACCGCCCGAAGCCAGUGAAACCUCCGCGAAAAUCUCUCGCAACCAAACAGAUAAACACCUACGAGCCCAUCGACAAGUACGAUCGAAUCGAGUAUCGAAACGACGCCUGGAAAACCCUAGGCGUCGACGAGGUUAGGCACACGGAAAAUCCGGGUAUGGGCGACGACGACGAAGUAUACACGUCGUGGGGGGACCAGAAGACAGCGCCGAAUGUCAUGCCUGCUCACAGAGCCCCCAAAAUCAUCACGCAGACCUCGAUUGAGGAUAACUACGACAAGUUGAACUUUUUUGGCUCGUCGAAUAAGUUGAAUGUGAAGUCGGGGUAUAAGCAGAUUUCGGUGGCGUCGGGGUUGAAUACGGUUGCAGCGCCGGCGUUUAAUGAUUACGAUGAGGUCCAGCCGGCUAUGGAGGAGAUCAGAUUGGCUGAUGAUAAGCAUCUAGGGUAUGCACUGGUGAGGAAAAGUUCAGGGAAAGAGUUGAAAAAUGUCGAUCAUGAUUUUCACAACAAUGAGCCGUAUGCGGUUAUUAGUAAACCAAAAAGAGUCUAGUCAAGUGAGUUUGCCAUUUUGACUUAAGUAUCUCUACUUACAAGUAUUCAGAUUUGCUUUAAAUUCAUUGGGUUUUUCCAGUGCCAUACCCAUUCCAAAUUGUUAAACAGAAAUAUUGUGAUUGUGGUGCAAAAUAGUACGAAAGUAUUUUUAAGUAUUUCGAUACUUAAUAGUUUUAUUUUUUGUAUUUUAUACAGCAAUAUUUUAUAGUUUUAUCCUUAUGAUGUAUGUAUUUGCCUUACGAUUAUUAAAGAAUAUAUUUUUUACUACA